AGUGACUGAAGUAUUGGCAGGUGUGGUUUUCCUAGUGUUUUCGACUACUCGCAGUUGCGAUCAUGAUUCAACUACUAUCGACGUCAGGUCAUUAAGAUCGAUAGAUAGAAGAACUGGUUGUAGAUCUGCGAUGAAAUAGAAAUAAGUCAUGAACGAAUGAAUGAAUGCGUCUAAAAAAAAGUAUCCUCGCACAAUGAAUGAAUACGUCUCCUCGUACAAGAAUGAAUGCGCUCCCCUACGGCCGACCGCCGCCUCGAUAGAUAAUCCACGAGGAGGAAUUAAUAUCAUGGCGUAGCUGGUUUGCGCACUGGAAAAGUUGCGGUUUUUCCGUAGAGCCAAUCCUAAAACCGAAACCCAGUAAGUUGGCGGCGAAAUCAGAAUGAAGAAAGGAGGUGUUGGCGCUGCUGCUGCCAACGUCCAGAUUGCCACCCUGGUGGACAAGGACGAAGUGAUAGCCAUGUGUCCAGUCAAACAUGCACCGAUCUGUCCGGAUUAUGUUGGUGCCUCCGUGGAUUUGUCGCUCAUGGCUGCGUCAGAGAGAGUGGGUUGUUCCGACACUCCAGAAUCGUUAGUAUGAAGCAUUGUCGGCUCUUUGCACCAGUGCAGAAUGAAAAUAAUGCGGUAGGUAGAAGUUUUAUUUGCACGCGUGAAUGAUCCCAGCCGUGUACGGCAAGUCCCCGUGCGCACUCCAUAUUCAAGGUCGGGCACGGUCGCUUCCUGGAUUUCAUUUGCUCAGUAUCGAUGCGGCCACGGAAGCAGUGAAGACUGGUAAUUUUCUACAUGAUUUCCUGAAUGAGACACGAUUGAAUGAAACCGCUGAAAAAACUGCUAUUUGUCGAUAUCAGUAAUCCGAUGUUCAGGUUCCUACACGGCAUUCGGACAGGAGCAUAUAAUCGAGGAUUUUGAAGUCCUCCACCCCGAGGACACGCUCUUCAUUUGCGACCUAGACCACAAGGUGUUCUUGAACAAGGGCAGUUUACUGUACCACAACUUUCUGAUGCACGAGAUGCAGACGUCGCUACGCGACAAGAAGCGGCUACGCGACGCGGCGGAAAGACGUAAACGGCAGCGCGAGGAACUAUUGCAGCAGCGACAGGCGCAGCAGACAGCGACUCCAAACGUAGAUAUGACCAACAGCACUACAACGACCGCUGCCCACACGCUGGAUCAUCAGGGCUUCGCUGAGCGGGCGACGGGCGAUCGGCAAAUGGAGCAGGGAGACGUCCCCUUUCCGUCCGCCGCCACUCUCUCGGGAGCGGCAGUGCGACCACCUGCGGGUGGGGCGAAGGCAAGGCCGGCUUCACCUGGUAAGAAGAAUACCAGCGACGGCAAGAAAGCAGCAGUGAAUCACAAGAGAGCGACUGAACUUCACAACGACAGUGGCGCGGUCGGGCAGACAGGAGGGUCGACUGCUGCACGAGACUUGCUGCCAGCGACUACAACAGUUGGUGCAACGUCACCACGGGGAGCCGCGAAAGCGCAAGUGGACGAAGCUUCUUCUGUACGACAACCGGGAGUUGGAGCCAGCACGGGCGAUAUGCCAGAAGCGGACGGAGGCGCAGAAGGGAGCAAAAAGCGGAAGCGAUCUGGUUCUCCCAAGGCCGUGGCGAAAAAGAAGAACCUGCUCCACAUGGACGCUGAUGAAUUUGAUGAAGACGACUAAAAACCAAAGAAAGAGAGGAAAUUUGUGUGUGUUUGCAGCUCAAACACCGUGUGCCGAUCUGAUCUCUAUCUUCGAUGAAAUUUGUUCACUUCUCCUCGAAGAAAAGUAUUGUUGUGAAAGACAAGGUGGAGCAGCAACCGUGCUGCAUCAGGUCGCAGACCCUCGUUUGGAACGUGUUCUACUGCGUGAUUGCUGCUGUUUAUUCUUG